AUGGAGAUCGUCUACGUGUACGUGAAGAAGCGCAGCGAAUUUGGGAAGCAAUGCAACUUCUCAGACCGCCAGGCUGAGCUGAACAUUGACAUCUCACCCAACCCAGAGCUGGCCGCACUGUAUGUGGAGCGGAACCCAGUGGACACAGGCAUCCAGUGUUCCGCCAGUAUGUCGGAACAUGAGGCCAACACUGAACGGUUUGAGAUGGAGAACUGUGGGGUCAACCAUGUCGAGGGGGGCUGGCCCAAGGAUGUGAACCCCCAGGAGCUGGAGCAGACCAUCCGCUUCCGGAAGAAAGUGGAGAAGGACGAGAACUACAUCAAUGCCGUCAUGCAGCUGGGCUCGAGUAUGGAGCACUGCAUCAAACAGAACAAUGCCACUGACAUCUACGAGGAAUAUUUUGAUGAUGAGGAGGCCGUGGAGGUGACUGAAGAGGCCCCUUCAGCCAAGACCAUCAAUGUCUUCAGGGACCCUCAGGACAUCAAGCGGACAGCCACACACCUCUCCUGGCACCCUGACGGUAACAAGAAGCUGGCAGUGUCCUACUCCUGCUUGAAGUUCCAGCGUGCGCCCCUGAGCAUGAGCCAUGACUCCUACAUCUGGGACCUGGAAAACCCCAACCGACCUGAGCUCACCCUGAAGCCAUCAUCUCCUCUCGUCACCCUGGAGUACAACCCCAAGGAUUCCCAUGUGCUCCUGGGGGGGUGCUACAAUGGGCAGAUAGCCUGCUGGGACACCCGGAAGGGCAGCCUGGUGGCAGAGCUCUCCACGAUUGAGUUCAGCCACCGAGACCCGGUGUACGGCACCAUCUGGUUGCAGUCAAAGACAGGCACCGAGUGCUUCUCAGCGUCCACGGAUGGGCAGGUCAUGUGGUGGGACAUCCGUAAGAUCAGUGAGCCCACUGAAGUUGUCAUUAUGGACAUCUCCAGAAAGGAGCAGCUGGAGAACGCCCUGGGCGCCAUCUCCUUGGAGUUCGAGUCUACCUUGCCAACCAAGUUCAUGGUGGGCACCGAACAAGGCAUUGUCAUCUCCUGCAACCGCAAGGCCAAGACACCAGCCGAGAAGAUCGUUUGCACCUUUUAUGGCCACCACGGCCCCAUCUAUGCCCUCCAGAGAAACCCCUUCUACCCAAAGAACUUUCUGACUGUUGGUGACUGGACAGCCCGCAUCUGGUCUGAGGACAGUCGGGAGUCAUCUAUCAUGUGGACCAAGUACCACAUGGCCUACCUCUCUGAUGGAGCCUGGAGUCCUGUGAGACCAGCUGUUUUCUUCACCACCAAGAUGGAUGGGACCCUGGACAUCUGGGACUUGGUGUUCAAGCAGUGUGACCCUGCCCUCAGCCUGAAGGUGUGUGAUGACCCGCUCUUCUGCCUGCGGGUUCAGGACACUGGGUGUCUCAUCGCCUGCGGCUCCGAGCUUGGAACGACCACUCUGCUGGAGGUGUCCAGCAGUCUCUCCACUCUGCAGAGGAACGAGAAGAACAUAGCUUCUUCUAUAUUUGAACGUGAGACCCGGCGGGAAAAGAUCCUGGAGGCCAGACAUCGUGAGAUGCGGCUGAAGGAGAAAGGCAAGGCAGAGGGCAAGGAUGAUGAGCAGAAGGAGGAGGAGGCAGCCCUGGACCUUGACGAGCUGGUCAACAAAGCAGAGGAGGAAUUCUUCGAGGUCAUCUUCUCAGAGCUGAAGAGGAAGGAGGCAGAGGCCUUGAAGAAGAAACCGAAGCCUAAGAAAAAAAGUGUGGAAGGCGAAGAGGAAGUCGUGGAAGAACCUGCUGGAGAUGAGGAAGAAUCAAGCGGCCUAAUGGGUGAAGAUGCGGGUGAAGACCCGGGUGAAGAUACAGGUGAAGAGCAAGAGGACAUUCCCACCUAG